CAAUGUUAAACAUAGUAUAACAAGAUGGGGAGUCCUCCAAAGACUUUACAAGAGAUAGCAGAGGAUAUUAAGCGGGAUAUAGGCAACAAGGUUAAAUACGUCGCUCUCCGUUCAGCCGACACCGAGUUUCCCGACGUGCCUCUAGUUAAUCUGACAACUUUAGAAGAGCGCGAGCUUUGCGUUGCCAUCACAACCUGUGGUCUCUGUAUUAUUGGUCACUCCCACGACUCACUCGACGGUUUAGCUCAUGUGACGAGAGACUAUAUAAGAGAUAUAGCUGACUCAUCUCGGCCACGCAAUCACGUGAAGCUAUCUCAGCAGGUUUCCAUCGCCUCAGCGGUCUAUGACGAAGACAUUGUGCAGUAUUAUGAAACUAUUUAUUCGCUGUUGGACGAUGUAAGCCCUAUGUACAGAGAGGCGUUUUGUUCAGAGCUCAGUGACAAGUUGUUGCUGUUGCAGCGGAGUCAGGAACAAAACAUGAACACGAGAGCUUGAAAAUUUGGUUUAAAGUGGGAAAAGAACAGAGAUUGUAUUGUUGAUUGCUUUCAUGUAAAAAAUUUGUGAUUUGAUGUGUUCUUUAUUUGA